UAUCGUCCCGUCACUAGACCUGCCACACAAAGACUUCUGUCUUCUGUCUUUAUUUGGGGCGUGUGGUAAUUUCCAGCCUCGCUAUGUCUACUGUCCCACGCGAUUCUCGUUAGAAAACAACAAACAGAACCGUGGAACUGUGAACUUCUGUUCAAUAAAGGGCUUUGUUUCUAUUUGGAUCAGAAACUUCUGUCGCCAUCGUCACGUGCACAACAACAGCAACAAUUUAGGCACAAGUGACUCACGGGCGUUAUGGGUUUUCCGCGUCCCGGCAUCGUUGCCAUUCCUGAGACUGGGCAGGCCGCUUUCUAGGACGCGUGUGUCAGUGCCGAGGGAGUGAUAAGCAACCAGGAACUGGAUCCAUACGACUGGAUAAACGAAACAAGGCUGGCUUCUAUCUGCGGUGUUGUUUAAAUCCUCCCGAGGACUCUGCAUGGAGCCAACGACUCUACAGAAAGCUAUUGCCGUUGCGCAGAAGGCUUCAGAGGAGGACCAGGCUGGGAACUAUGAGGAGGCCAUCCGCUCCUACCAACAUGCUGUCAAGUACUUUCUGCACAUUUUAAAACGUGAACCACAGGGUAAAGAUGGCAACCAGAAGAUCAGAGAUAGAUGUAAACAGUACCUGGACAGAGUGGAAGAGCUGCAAGUCUACCUAGUGAAUAAAGAGAAAGCCAUCGAUCUCGCCGGCAAGGCGGCUCAGGAGGACAAAGCUCAGAACUAUGAGGAGGCUCUGCGUCUCUACCAGGCUGCUGUACAGUACUUCCUUCAUGUCGUCAAAUAUGAAGCCCAAGGCGACAAGGCUAAACAGAGCAUCCGGAUGAAAUGUGCUGAAUACUUGGACAGAGCAGAGAAGCUGAAGGAGUAUCUAAAGAAGAAAGAGAAGGCUCCGCCUGCUAAGCCUGUCAAAGAGUCACAGUCUGAUGACAAAGGGAAUGAAAGUGAUGAAGGCGAUGAUCCAGAGAAAAAGAAAUUCCAAAAUCAGCUCUCAGGUGCAAUUGUCAUGGAGAAACCAAACAUCAAAUGGAACGAUGUUGCUGGUUUAGAAGGAGCCAAGGAGGCACUGAAAGAAGCUGUUAUUCUUCCAAUCAAAUUCCCUCACCUGUUCACUGGAAAGCGAACUCCGUGGAGGGGGAUCUUGCUCUUUGGCCCUCCAGGUACAGGAAAGUCAUAUCUGGCUAAGGCUGUUGCCACAGAGGCGAACAACUCAACGUUCUUCUCCAUCUCCUCGUCUGACCUUGUCUCCAAAUGGCUGGGAGAGAGUGAAAAAUUGGUGAAGAAUCUUUUUACCCUCGCAAGGGAGCACAAGCCUUCCAUCAUCUUCAUCGACGAGAUCGACUCCCUGUGUGGCUCAAGAAGUGAGAACGAGAGUGAGGCUGCUCGUCGUAUUAAGACAGAGUUCCUGGUUCAGAUGCAGGGAGUGGGGGUUGACAACGAUGGAGUGCUGGUACUUGGAGCAACAAACAUCCCAUGGACCCUCGACUCAGCCAUCAGAAGAAGAUUUGAGAAGAGGAUCUACAUCCCGCUGCCAGAAGAGCACGCCCGUUCCUUCAUGUUCAAACUGCAUCUGGGAUCGACCCCGAACAGCAUCUCUGAAUCUGACUUUGUCACUCUGGGCAAGAAGACUGAUGGAUACUCGGGAGCAGAUAUAAGUGUCAUUGUCAGAGAUGCUCUAAUGCAGCCCGUUCGAAAGGUCCAGUCAGCAACUCACUUCAAACGGGUACGAGGUCCAUCCAGAGCUGACCCGAACAUGGUUAUAGAUGACCUCUUGACUCCUUGCUCGCCUGGCGAUCCCAACGCAAUUGAAAUGACAUGGAUGGAGGUCCCUGGGGAGAAGCUGUUGGAACCUAUAGUAUCCAUGUCUGACAUGCUGAGAUCUCAGACCAGCACAAAGCCAACAGUCAAUGAACAAGAUCUGGACAAACUGAAAAAAUUCACAGACGACUUUGGACAGGAAGGCUAAGCGGGAUGAAUCAACCCAGUCAAACCAAAGCAAAGGAAUUCGGAUUGUCUCUCUUUAUUGUCCUUGUCCCUUUUUUUUGUCCCUCUGUCUCAACCUAAGCCUUCACCAGAAACUAGUGGUUCAUCAUAAAUGGGCAAGAUUACUGUUCAGUUCUGCCAGUCUGAUGACCACACAUCUGUUGGAAGACCUACUUUUAUUUGAAAUUCACUAGUGUCCAAAAAGACUCAAAGACUUCCCAUCUACAGCCGGCCUGAUUAAAGAACCAAUACCACAUGGAGAAUUCAGAGGGUUGUUUGACUAUUAUGCACCUAAAUGCAAAGGGUAUUGAUGAGCAGAAUACCCAAACCGCAUAGGGAAACUGAUAGAACAUACACACAACAGUUACUGCAAAUUAGGUAAUUGAAAUCUAUUUUAAAUUCCUAUAUCUUUAUUUUCUAGUCAGAAGACAUCUUACUAAACUAAUAAAUACCCCUUAUAUAUCCUCUUUUGUAUUAAGAAAAAAAAACAAGCAUUUUGUAGUGUAUACUGUACCUUGUGGAAUAUAUAAAUCUUGGACUGGGAACAUGCAGUUCAGGGCAUGAAUUCACAGAAUUUGUGUUGGUGAAAUAUGUCAUUCUCCUCUCAAGGUGGCACACUCUAGCGUUUGAGAUGGAGAUACUCAGGAUGAGAUCUGCAUUAGGCUCUGUGGCAAUCUUUGGAUUGUUAAUCAAGUUUCCAAACAAAUGGCAAAUGUAUUUGAUCACUCAGUUGUCAUUUUAAUUCAACACAGCUAUUAGGGGAAAAUCACCGGUGGGGCCGUACCAGAGUUAUUUUACCUUUUUAUUUCUCAAGGACUCGAUAGCUUUGAAUUGCUUUGUCACUCACGUUUUGGGGUUGGUUUUUUUUCCCCUCAAGACUGUUUUUCAAUCACUGUCCACAGGCUUUGCCAAUUACCAGAAAGCAAAAAAAAAUAAGCCUUAUGCUAAGAUAAAGUCACAUGCAUAUUUCGAUAAAACAAGCCGAAGGUGUUGAAGCUGGACAUUGGCUCAGGCCAAGAGAUCAUUAUCUUGUUCAUUUAACAACAUAGGAAUGCAUCUCUAAGCAUGGAGAUGAGUAUAUGUAGCCAUGAGUGGCAGUGUGCACCUUGUGCCUUCCAGAAAAGCCGCAAAAUCCUUUUUUUUUUAAUAGUUUAAUUUUGGAAUUGGUCAUCCUGCUUGUAUGAGUGCUUUGUCACUACAAUUAAGAAAUGUAUAACACUUGCACAUUUCACAUGAGCUCUUUUAGAGAUUGAACACAAUUGUACUCUUUGGCUCAUACGGCGUGCAAACUGUCUUGAUUUUUGAUGGGAAACAUCUAUUUCACUGUAAAUGUCUGUAAACAUAUAGCCAACUCUCCAGCCUUUUUCUUGAAGAAGAGGUCAACAUGCAUAAGAGUUUCUCUUUCGUUUCCAUCAUGUAAAUAAAGGUAAUAGCUAUGUCAA